GAAUAGUACAGUACAGACUUUGAAAGACUUGAUACAUGCCAACUUCUAUUCUACAAGUCUUGUUUCGGUCAAUCGUUUGUGAUGAUCCGGACUAUUAUCUACUACCAACCUUCCUUCUAAAGCCACGUUGGACGACCUCGGAAAAUUCUACGCCUGGUUCAGGGGUAUAGUUGAAGGGUGGAGGAAGCUUUCAACGAUCGAAUCUGUCACAUUGGUGGUAAUCUUGAGCAAAGAACUCUUGGAGACACUAUCAUCCGCAUCCCCUUCUCUCCCUAGUCCACCUUCGAAAUGCCCUCCGCAUCUUCGCCCAUUAACUAUCCUCCGAGUUCAUCACCACCAAUUGCAAAGCGCCAGCACCCGGAGAAGAGUGUCGAUGAUCGGAAACCAAAGACAAUUGGAGGCUUCUUGCAAGAUGACGAUUCCGAUGACGACUUUGCCCGCGUCGAGCCUGCACCGAAGCGCCGUAUGCUUGAGAAGUCGCCAUGUCCAGAAGAAGAGCAGGGUCUAGGACAAUCUAGUGUGCUAAACACACUCAGAAAUACAGUACAAGAGGAGGAGAUACCAAAUGGGAUUGAGGUAGCUGACGACGAAAUACUGGAACCGGAUGUCCCUGGAGAAGUAGUUCUCCCAGUCGGCGAAGCAAGCGACGAUGAAUUCCACGACAUCGAUUCCGAGGCCUUGCCGACGUUCCUAGCCAAGAGAAAGGGAAAAUCUUUCAAUAUUGUCACAUCCUCUGGCAAGACCAUCAUUAUACAUGAGCGAAAAAAGACCGCUCCUCUGCCUUUUGAGCAACUAGUAGCAUCAAGAUCAACUACGAAGGCUGGCCGUGCCAAGAAGAGUUACUAUGGAAUCGAUAUUCACGAGUUGAUUGAUGAAGCUUCUGAACAGCAGAAAAUGGUAGCGAAGGCGCCACAACCUACAAAUGAAGUUCUACCUUCAGUAGAAACUCCAGGGGCGAAGCCAAAAUCACGGAGAACUCUUAUGUGGACUGAAAAAUAUCGAGCACGGCAUUUCAUGGAGCUUGUUGGUGAUGAUCGCACACAUCGACAAGUCCUUCGUUGGCUAAAAGCUUGGGAUCCCAUUGUAUUUCCGAAGUCGGGGAAAGCAAAACCAGCUGUGAUCAAAAGACCAGGCGCAGAAGUCGAGGAGGAGAAACCUCACCGGAAGAUUCUACUGUUAACUGGCCCUCCUGGACUUGGCAAGACGACUUUAGCACAUGUUUGUGCCCGACAAGCCGGCUACGAAGUCAUGGAGAUCAAUGCAAGUGAUGAGCGAAGUCGAGACGUCGUGAAGGGAAGGAUAAGGACUAGUGUUGGCACAGAAAGUGUCAAGACAGGCUCUACGACUACGACCAAAUCCGGACAGGUCAAAAAGAUUGCACAGCCUCUCUGUGUCGUUGUGGACGAAGUUGAUGGUGUUGUAGGCGGGUCAGGUGGAUCAGGAGAAGGUGGUUUCAUCAAGGCUUUAAUCGACUUGAUCAUUCUAGACCAGAAGAACUCAUCUAGUGACAUCUCCGGCACCGGGCAAACGAGAAAGAAGAAGAAAGGCGAUGAUUUCAGGCUACUGCGACCUUUGAUUCUCAUCUGCAAUGAUGUUUAUCACCCAUCCCUGAGACCAUUGCGUCAGUCUAGCUUCGCCGAGAUCAUUCACGUCCGGAAACCUCCUAUGGAUGCUGUUGUUGGUCGUAUGAAAACAGUGUUCGAGAAAGAAGGCGUUUCUUGUGAUAGUGACGCUGUACGAAGAUUGUGUGAAGCCACAUGGGGAGUCAAUGCAGCUGAGUCUCGUAAGGGUCGAGAGACUACAGGUGAAGGCGACCUCAGAGGUAUCAUGGUAGUGGGAGAGUGGGCAGCCGGAAAACUGAAAGCCUCCACCAAAGAUGGCAAAGCAAGAUUGACCAGGAAAUGGGUGGAUGAUAACAUGAUGAGCAACCUCUCACAUGGUGGAGGUGGUGCUAGAGGAAUUGGACGUGGUGGUGCCAAAGAAGUUGUCAAUCGGGUCUUUCUUGAAGGAGCUGGUUUCCCAAAGACAGCCUUUGCCAAUCCACUACCUGGGUUCUCCAACGAACUACCCCAAACUCAACUGGGAGUUGCAGAACUGGCUAAGAAAGCUGGUAUGGAUAGGCUACGAGAAAUGGUCGACACCAGCGGAGAUAUUGAGCGCAUAGUGACUGAUAUAUUCUCCGAUUAUCCAAUCCAGCCUUUCAACGACGACUCAAUGUUAACGAAGCCGGACGCUGCGUACGAGUGGCUGCACUUCCACGACGCUUGCUCUUCACGAGUGUUCACAGCACAGGAGUUUGAACUUGCUCCCUACCUCAGUCAACCUGUUCUAGCAUGCCACCAUCUUUUUGCAUCACCUGCGCGCCAUCACUUCACGGGAGCCGAGACGAAAAAAUGGGGAGAGGAAGAAGAGAAGGAAGAACCGUUGCCUUUCUCUGGUCCUCGAGCAGAUUACGAAGCCCACGAAGCAGAGAAAUCGAACCGUGCUGCGAUUGUCGAACUUCAAGCCAGCCUCAACGCAACCCUCUUACGAAGUUUCAGAAGUCCCGAGGACAUCGCUACUGACCUAUUGCCAUAUCUUGUCAGGAUGCUUACUCCGGAAAUUAAACCAAUCAUCGUAGGAGGUAGUGGUGAUCAAAAAGGGAUCGCUAGUGUCAGGAAAGAGGCAGAGAAAGCCAUGGUUAAGAGAUCGGUGGAAGUCAUGAGUGCUGUAGGAGUUAUCUUCGAGCGUGGCAAGCUGGAGAGUGACUUUGGCAAUCGAGCUACUCAAUGGGUUUAUAGAAUGGAACCACCGCUGGAUACGCUGGUCACAUUCGAGACUGGUCUCUCUUCGGCGUCAGCAGGUCCAGCUCCAGUCAGAUACGCCGUCCGCCAAGUACUUGAUCAAGAAUACCAGAAGAACAUAAUUGUUCGUGAAAACGCCGCAAGACAAGCUCGAUAUAAAGCCGGCAAUCCUCACGAUGAUACUGAUGCUAUUUUGCAAGACAAAGAGAAUCCUAUGUACCAGAUUCAGGAUAAGCUUUCUGAUGUGAAGAAAGACUUCUUUGGAAGAGUUAUUCGAGACGCGAGGCCUCUGCAGGAGAUCGACGGUAAUGCUGAAGCAGACGGCAAAGGACGACAAGGAAAGAAAGGCUCGAAGGAGGAUGUGAAGGUUUGGGUGAGUUAUCAUGAGGGGUUUUCGAAUGCUGUUAGGAAGCCGAUUACGAUUGAGGAGUUAUUGAGAGGUUUGUAGAGACGAGGUAAUGAAGACCAUGAAAG